CGAGCGCCGCCGCCAUCUUGGCAGACCGAAGGAGCCUGCUGUCGCCGUCGGCCGGAGCAACGCCGUCCAGCUGAGCCGUUGAAGCUGAGCGCGAGCUGCUUGGCUCCGCUGCUGGUUAACGCGGAGAUUUCGCGGCGGGCUAUCGUUCGCGCGACGCGAGCGUAGGAACCGGCUGAGCGGCAGGAGGCGGAGGAGGAGGAGGAGGACGAGAAGAGGUACCGGAAGGCAGCGCGCCGCUCCGAGCGUAGCAUCAGGGUGAGCGGGACGUCACGGGCGCCUCGCGCGGUCAGCGCCUGGUCUCCGCUCUCGCGUCGGUCGGUCGUCCGGUGCUCCGGUGCUCCGUAUCGUGUGCGCUGUGAAGUUGGUUGGAGUGCCGAGCCCCCGGUCGUCUUGCUCCCAUCCGCCCGUCAGUCCGCGUCGCGCCGAAGACGGCUGCCUUCGCUCGAUCCUCGCGAUCGGAAUUUACCGACGGUCCCCGUCGCUGUCACCGUGCUCCGCCAGCCGCGUCACCCCUUCGCCGCUCGUUCUUCACGAGGAGAGCGUCCGACAGUAAACAGCCCGCGCGGAGUUUCCAAAAUCCCCGUGAACGUGAGCCGCUAGUUUGCUGAUACUCUGUGACAGUAUGGCGGGACAGACGAUCAACGACAGGCUGUUGGCCGCGAGGCACAGCAUCGCCGGCCAGGGCCUCGCCAAGUCCGUCUGCAAGGCCACCACGGAGGAGAUGAUCGGCCCCAAGAAGAAGCAUCUCGACUAUUUAAUCCAUUGCACCAACGAGCCAAAUGUCUCCAUACCGCAGCUCGCCAACCUCUUGAUAGAGCGUUCGCAGAACACAAAUUGGACGGUGGUCUUUAAAGCUCUGAUCACAGUGCAUCACAUGAUGUGUUACGGCAAUGAGAGGUUUACGCAGUACCUCGCCUCCAGCAACAGCACGUUUCAACUUAGCAAUUUCCUUGACAAAAGCGGCGUACAAGCAGGAAUACGCGUGGGAUAUGACAUGUCGCCGUUCAUCAGGCGAUACGCCAAGUACCUCAACGAGAAGGCCCUCUCUUACAGGACGGUGGCGUUCGACUUUUGCAAAGUGAAAAGGGGGAAGGAAGACGGCACUCUACGCACAAUGAACGCCGAGAAACUUCUGAAAACUUUGCCGGUACUGCAGUCGCAACUCGACGCACUGCUGGAAUUCGAUUGCACGGCUAACGACCUCACGAAUGGCGUCAUAAACAUGGCCUUCAUGCUCCUCUUUCGAGAUCUUAUCCGGUUAUUCGCCUGUUAUAACGACGGCAUUAUUAAUCUGUUAGAAAAAUAUUUCGACAUGAACAAGAAACAAUGCCGGGACGCUUUAGAUCUCUACAAGAAGUUCCUCAUACGCAUGGACAGAGUCGGAGAAUUUCUGAAAGUCGCGGAAAAUGUCGGCAUCGAUAAAGGAGACAUACCAGAUCUGACGAAGGCGCCGAGCAGUUUGUUGGACGCGUUGGAGCAACAUCUCGCCUCGUUGGAAGGAAAGAAGGGUUCCGCCGCGAACACGCCCACGCAGUCAGCAAGCAGCAAUAGAACCAAUGUAAAGUCGGGAGUGUCCGCCCUGUCUUCCACCAGUACCGCGUUCGGAACAGCAGCCAGCAACACGCGGCUCGACCAAACUGGAAACGGCCAUAUCGAUGAAGCAAUGCGACAGCAAGCUCUCGCGGAAGAGGAAGCUGCCAUGAAUCAAUACAAGGCAAAAGUACAAUCGCCAUCAAGUAGCACAAAUCCCUUCCUCAGUUCGCCAACCAAUAAUGCUAAUCAACCGAUCGUGGAUUUGUUCGGCGCCGCAGCGUCCGAAAAUCAGCAGCAACUGCCGCCGCAAAAAGCGUCGGACGAUUUACUGCAAUUGGCCGGUAAUCCAUUCGCAAAUAUGUUCGGGGCGCCGCAACCGGCGACCGGUGCGCAACCCGCCGCUCAAAUGCAGAAUAACAUGUGGAUGACCAACGGUACUGGUUUCGCGCCAGCUGCGCCGUCAGCAAAUAAUAACUUUGUUACAGAUAACAGCUUUUCCUCCGUAUUCGGAAAUCAAGAUCAACAAUCUUCUGGCGCCCCAGGAGCGGCCGCGUCCGUACCUAAUCCCUUCAUGUCUGAUUUCCCGUCCCUCGGUCAAGCUGGCGGUCAAGCGGCAGCAAACGCGGGUGCCUUCGGGCUGUUCGAUCAGAAUGCUGGCGACGUUGUUGGCGGCGGCGCGAUGAAUGAGUCGAUGCAAGCGACGGCCGCGCCGGGCGGAGACCUCUUCAGUGCCGGUCGGGCGGAUCUCUUCGGGGGUGAUGGUUCCGCUGCUGCCGGGAUGCUGAAGAACGGCGGCGACGGGGAUGCCGCGGCGGCCGAGGUGGUGGCGCCUAACGUCGCCGGCAAGACAUCGUCCACUGCCACGCCGCCACCUAGACCACCGCCACCCGCGACCGCCGUCGCUGCCGCCGCGAACGGUGCCGCACCGCGUGCGAUGUCUCCGACCGUCGGCGUCGGCGGCGGAGCAGCACAUGGUAGGCCAGCGGCGGCAUCGGCGACAGUAUCAGCGGCGGCAGCGGGUGCCUCCUCGGCCAACAAGAGCGCUUUUGAUGAUCUCAACGACAGUAUCCGCAUGGCACUGGGCGGGUCUCCGUCGCGCCCGGCACCGAUGGUCCAGCAGCAACAAGCCGCGGCUGCCGCCGCCCAACAACAGCCGUUGCAGCAGCAACAAAUGCCGCCGGCGGCGGCGGGAGGUAUGUUCGGUGUGAACGAUGCAGCCGGACAACCCAUGAUGACCGGCGCACCGAUUGUCGGCUACGGUAUCCCUACCCAAGCCCAAGUCCCCGUGGGGUACGGCUCGCCGGCAAAGCAGCCGAUGUCAGCCGCGGGACAACCGGUCAGCGCAGCUAAUACCGGCAAGGUACUGACCGGAGAUCUGGACAGCAGCCUUGCUAGCCUCGCACAGAACUUGACCAUCAAUAAAAGCGCUCAGCAACAAGUCAAAGGAAUGCAAUGGAACUCACCGAAAAACGCCGCGAAAACGGGCCCGGCCGGUGGAUGGUCACCGCAGCCAAUGGCAGCUACCACUGGCGCUGGAUAUCGACCCAUGGGCCAGGGAAUGACGCAACUGCUACCUACAACCAGUACCACUAUGGGAUUCCCCGCGCAAUCCACGAUGAUGGGUAUGCAAGGUAUGCCGAUGGGCAUGCAGGGUAUGCAGGGUAUGAGGCCGAUGAUGUGUACUAUCCCAGGUGCUUCCGCCGCCGGUGGCGGUAUGAUGGUUGCGGGCGGAGCAGCGCCCAUGAUGGCCAUGCCAGGUGCGAGUCCCAUGAUGGCCGGUCCUAAUCUGCAGCAGCAGCAGCAUCCUCAGUCUCAACCUCAACCCGCUGCAGCAGCUCAGCCGCAGGGCAAUGCUGUCCAACUCGAUCCUUUCGGUGCUCUGUGAAGGGAUUAGGAUCCCAAGUGGAAUUAAGAAGACGGAGGCGACGUUUUGUAAAUACCGUGUAAUAUGCCUAGAAGAAAAAGAACAAAAAGUAACGCGUCCCGCUUGUUUCCAUUAGGUAUGGCCCGAUCAAUCUUAGAUCUUAUUUGAUUGUCACUCGAAAAUCGUCUCACUGUGAAUACGAUCGGCAAAUUGUAUCAUACUUCCUAUAACAUGCUCGCCGAAUGCGUAACAUGCGUUAUCGGACUUGGCGUCGUCGUCCCCGGGAGCAUUGGCCGCGAACUUAAGUGCUGUGUUCAAUGAUGGAUGUCCGUCCCUUUUUAGUUUCACGUAGAGGGCAAGGGGACAGAUCGCAGCCGAGGGUCUGAACCGGUAUCAACUGAUGCUCACGGGAAGGCACGCGUAGGCAAGGCCCUCUUUUUUUGCCUUGAGAUCCGCAUAAUCGGGCAUAAUUAUGUAGCUUAGGCAGAGAGUUGUUCGGACGCGAGUUGCGUUUAGAAUGACACGAACGUGCUGCGUGCGGCGAAUUUUCCCGGUGAGGAUUAACUGUGAUAGUACUGCGCCGAUAGUACGCGCGUCAACAGUUUUUCUUCGUUGAUGUUGUCGAGAGCAAGCCUAUUAUUGAAGAUGCAUUUCUAAGUUCGAUUAUGAAAGAUUUCCGUAAUUAGCGAUAUAUAUUUAGAUACGAUUAAUUUUUACACUGAAAGCGGGCGGCAGAGCGGACGACGGAGGGGGGGGGGGAGGAGAGAGGAGUACAGGGAUCGUAUGUCCGACAGCAAGCUAGUAACGAGCGCAUUAUCGAAUGCGAGGACACUUCGGUGGUUCGUUAUGGUUCUAAACGUAAUCGCGUUAGAUUAUAUAUGCACGUAGCUGACGAUUGCACGGUUCAUCAGUGUCCGCGUUUAUUAAAAUGUUACAAGAGCCGGUUAAGCGCAAAGCGGAAAAAACGAUAUAUUGUAGAAAUUCGUAUCGGGCAUAUCUCCUUAUUGUAAUAUAAUAUACAUAUAUAUUAUUAUUCUCUACGAAUGCGUGUACGGACUCGUGAUUUCGGAAUACGACGGGGAAAGAAAGUUUCGAAGUGUUCUUUCGUUGAAAUAUUAAAUAUUAAGCACGAUAAAAAGAUAUACGAUAACUAUCACGUAUAUACAAACAAAAUAUAUGAAUAUAUAUAUAUAUAUAUAUAUAUAUAUAGGGAGAGAUAAUAAUGAAACGAAUAGGUGGACUCAUUAAAUGUUCUUUAAUUGUAUAAUGUUUCGAGGAUAUAUCUUAACUAGGUAGUUAACAAAGUACGUUAAACGAGUUAAGGCUACGAUGCUCAUGCAACAUAAUUACGAACACGAAACAACGUGAAUCUACGUGAUUCGAGUACGGUACUAUCACUAUAGUCAAUAUCCUGUUGCGUUUGAGAUUUAGUCGAUGAGCACACAUAAUAAUAAUACACACACAUGAUUCUCGUUAAAUUAUAAAUGUUGUCACGAGGAAGUGAACAUUUUUCGAUCUAGCGUAUAUAUAUAUAUAUAUAUUGUAUUAUCGGAUCGAUUAUACAUCCGCGAUUGCUCGCUGGAACGAAUUCAGAAAAAAAAAAACAGAGACGGCAGGGAGAGAAAGAAUUUAUAAUGACGAUAUGUCGAUAUAACGACGACUAGUCUACAAAAAAAUUCGUUGUUAUAAUUGUGAGGAUUAUAUGGAGCACGAUUUCCCCGCAAACGACAGAACAAUCGCGGUGAACGAGAUCUUCGAUACGGUUCCCUCGAUAGAGCGCAACGCGAUACUUUCGUCGGGGCCUCACACACACGUACACGUACGGGAUAGUGCUUUUCGCAUUAUCAGUUGCGGAUGUCGCACGCGUGAAUAUGCUCUCGCAGUUUCGCCUAGUAUUGUCCCUACACUACUUCUUCCCGUUCGAUUUUUCUGUCACUUAUCUCCCCUAACGCGCUGCCUCCGAUACGGUCUCUCGAUUCUUUCGAUGUCGAUUAAUCGAUCUUUUAUUUCUAAAUCGUUGUAAUUAUUUUUCCAAAUCAUUGUAAAUCUUGUUAAUAUGAAUGUUAAUAAACGAUUUAAUCAGCUGCAGUUAAUAUUAAUCGACAUCGGUAGAAUUGAUACAACGUUCAUGCAAAGGAGAUCGUUAGAUAUCGACGUAUCUCAUAGUACUGCAAAUACUGAGUUUUUAUGCCGCUCACGAAUAUUUUCUAUCGCCGUUGAUGUUUCCUAAUAUACGCACCGUAUUAAUCUUUCUCACUUUCUUUUGCGUCAAUAUCUUCAUUUUCAUUGCAGACGCGUACGAAUACAUGUGCGAAUAUAUAAUAUAAAUAAAUAUGAGGUGGAGAGAAGUUUUUCGAAGUCGGUUGAACGAAAUCAGGAUGCAGCGUAAAGCUGCCCCAAAGUGAGAAAGAUUAAUAACGUCGUUCGCGCGCGGAUGCAGAUACGGAUGGCGAGGAGGCGGAGGAAGCGACUAGAUUUAUCUCCGCGCUUGGUAUCAACGAAUCGCUUCCCUUCAUUCGUCAAUGUACAUUUCCGGUUUUAAUACGUUUGUUCGUUCGUUCGCUUGAGUUUUUGUUUUCACAUAGUUUUCGCGUAGUCGGGCGUAUUUUUGUAUAAUAUUAAUAUGAAUGCGCGCGAGAUAUCUCUUCACUCUGAGCGUAACCGGCCGCCGCGGGGACAAGUUAGUAGUCUGUAAAUCGGUAGCUACAAGUCGAGCUUCGACCGCACAGAGAUUGCGCGAGUUCUUCAUCGGAUCACUGGUAGCUCUAGAACGAUGACAGGAGUCUAUUGUAUCAUCGUCGAUAUGUUGUUCAAGCUAAUUCUCCCUUGAAUAAUAUUAAUAUUAACGUAAUUAAUAUAUUAUAUCGAUAUUACUAUAAUAUUAGUAUUAUUUCUAGAAUAAGCGAAAAGAAUUUGUGUAACGUUGAUGUAUUUAGAGGAAUCAUUUUCGAUGUACCGUAAUAAUUGACGCGGCAAUAUUGUAUCAAGGACGCAUGCGCAUGAUGUGCGAUAUUUUUAACAUCAAAAUACGCACGAAUCUUUUCGGUUAUUCAACACGGUCAUUCGUGCACCGGAUUAAAAAACGUUAAUCAUUCUCCAGUCUCCAAGUGUCUCUUCCGCGGUUCUUCUCAUUGUACAGUAUCUCUCGAUCGUGCCUCUCUUCAUUUUUCUUUCUCGUUCGAGUUUUGAUGUCGUCUAAAGCUACCGGAGACCGUGCAUAACUGGACAAUAUUACAAAUAUAUUAUAAUCGUAUUAUAGGAAAAAUUUAACGAGAUAAUCUAACUGUAUUCUAUCUCUUUCGCUGUAAACUAGUAAGACAUUACUGUCGCAAUCUCUUUUACCGGCCCGGGUAAUUUAUGUAAAGCCUCUCAGCCGCGUAAGAGUACAUACUGUACAUUGUUAGUAUAUUUAUCGAAAGGAUCUUAUUUAUCGAGAGUAAGAUAGCCGACUGAUAUGACGAACUAGAUAUCGUACCAAGAGAUGAAAACGAAUUAAGAACGAGAAUGAAAAAUCGGCGCCCAUCGUAUCCCCAGUGAAUUUUCUCAUCAUGGUUAAAUAGAAAUGCCUUGUUGCUUCAAGGAUCACUUGUCGCGCUUCUUGUGUUCUCUUCAAGAGAGAGAGAGUGUGAAAUUUCCGGGAGAGGACUUUACUGUUAUUUAGUUUUAACGUAAUCUCUUCUAUGCUUGUAUCAUAUAUAUGUAUAUAUCUCUACAUAUAUGUGUAUGUAUGUAGAGAGAAAGAGAGAGAGAGAGAGAGAGAGAGAGGCGUCAUAAAAAUGAUGGGGCGAUAAUCGAGAAAAUUAUUUCGACACUCAUGCAUACACGUACAUGUGUAUAUCCGUACACGUGCGUACACAUUGACUCGCGAAACCGAUCAAGUGCUUUAAAAAUUAUUUAUAGCAUCACAUUAUUAAAAAUACAUACAUAAUUUGUUGUUUUCUAAAGCUUAUCUCUUUAAGAUAAGCUGAAAGACAUGCGGAAGCUACAAAAUUUCUUCUUACGUAUAUCUGUUUACUUUUUCUUCAUUUCUAUCUAUCGAAAAAAUACUAUCGAAAACAAAUUCAUGAAAGUUUUUAAACGUUUGAUCAAGUUUCAUGAGCAAUUGUAAGAGAAGAGCUUGCCCGGAUCAUUACACGCUCUAGAUUAAUUAAUUAGUAAGUCAAUGUUACAAAAAGAAUGAAAUUUAACGAAACUGGAGCAAGUGCGCACGUGUUUGCCAGGAAAACGGAAAAUCGUUCACUUCUUAAUCGAAACACGUUGUUACGCGGUGGAUGUGUGCGUGUUCGCGUAGAGUGUACUAAUUAUUAUCAUUGCUCGAUAUGAUACGCCUAUUAUUAGUGGCGGUGUUCGCAUGCCGCCGUUAAGUGAUUAUAAUAACAGGGCAGAGCGAUCCGGUAUCGUGUGAGCGCGCAAUGACGAGCCGACAAUGCCUUCUCGUUGUACAAAUGUCGUGGGGAAUAAGAAAGAGAGAAUGAAGAAUAGUAGAUGGCGAUCAUAGUGUCAGAGUAUGCUUUGGCGACGUAUAUUUAAGGUAUAUACACACUCACACGGACACAAAUCAACAUAGUCUUCGCUGUAAUAGGGAAAAAAAAAGAAAUGAAAGAAUAUACGUAGAGACUCGUAGAUAGUGCGAAAAAGAUGAUAUAUAUAUAUAUAUAUAUAUAUUAAAAAAUAUAUAAUUAUAUAUAUAUAUAUAUACAAAUAUAUGGCCGUGUGUUGUGGCACGCGAAGUAUAACCGAGUGGCGACUAAAGUCGCGAUUUGGAUGGGACUGAGAUAAACUUAAUGAAAUAAGUUAGGUAGUUUAAUUAGCGCGAAUUACCGUUUUAUUGUAUAAUUUUUAAUUAUUUUUGUUAUUGAGCUUUUUAAAUAAAUUGCAUGAAUAUACUUUUAGCGUGAAUUAAUGCCAGAAUCAUUUCUUUAAGACAUAGAUAUUGAAAAGAUCAGUCAAAAUCGCCGCUUUAUUGAGCAGCGAGAUAUCGAAUAGCUUCUUUUCAUGUUAAAACGUUGAAAAUGUAAAUGGAAAGAUCUCAAUUCUUAAUUAACUUUAUCCGAA